AAUUUGCGUAUAUAAGCUAUGGCUCGGCACUCGGUUGAGCAUCAGUUACAAUUCGUUUCAACGACAAGUCAACCAACAAAUAAAACAAAUAUGUUCAAGUUCUUCGCUGCCGUCCUCCUCGCUGUGGUUGCCUGCGCUGCCGCCAAGCCGGGAAUUGUUGCACCACUCGCCUACUCCGCCCCGCUGGUGGCUGCAGCGCCUGCUGCUGCUGUCUACAGCACCGAAUAUCAUGGCAACUUUGCGGCACCCUAUGUGGCAUCGCCGUAUGUGGCCUCACCCUAUGUGGCAUCACCGUAUGUGGCCUCGCCCUAUCUGGCAUCACCCUAUGCUGCCGCCUACAGCGCAGCUCCUCUGCUGCUGAAGAAGUAG